UUUUCUUUCGAUUUGCAGAGAAGAAGAAGAGGAACGAUGAAGGUUAUCGCUGCUUUUCUCCUCGCGAAACUCGCCGGGGACGAGAACCCAAACAAAGGUGAUCUGAAGAACAUCUUCGAUUCCGUUGGAGCUGAGUUCGACGAGACGAAGACGGAUCUCUUCUUUUCUCUGGUGAAGGAUCACGACGUGACGGAGCUGAUCGCGGCUGGGAGGGAGAAGAUGGGGGCUCUAUCUUCCGGUGGUGGAGCUGUUGCUAUGGUGGCUGGAGCAGGAGGCGACGCUCCUUCCGCGGCUGAGCCAGCGACGGAAUCUAAGAAGGUUGAGGAAGAGAAAGAGGAGUCGGAUGAUGGUGAAGGCAUGAUGAGUCUCUUUGAUUGAUUCUGAUCUUGUAAGAUCUAAACAGCUUUUUAUUUUGUUUUUUUUUUUUAAUGUGGGAUUCUAUGGAUGGAUCGUUGUUGCUAACCUUCGGAUAAGUUCAAUAUUUUAAAUCUAUCUGAUGCUCGAAU